AUGCUGGCACCACUGGUUGAGUGCACCGACAGCAAAGGCACGAGAGCGAGACCGCAAGUCAUCAGCUCAGUGAAUACUGAGAGCCUUUUGUCUGAUGGUGCAAGUGGUACGUUUGGGGUUGAAGCAGGGAACCCACGUCUUGCUCUGGCGGACCCUCUUUCAGUCAGGGUCCACGAUGAGUCAAAAAGUACAGCUCAGGUCGAGUUUAAGAGUGGUCAAGGCAGUGGGUUUGAUAGUGGUCUAAAAAGUGGGUUAGAUAGUGGGUUAGAAAGUGGGUUGCUUGGGGACGCCCACCCAGGUUACGGGCGGGUUGCAGCGGCAGCCCUCCUGGGGUUUGACAGACUCAAACGGCCGCAGGUUAACACUAACCCUCAUUCACAUAGCGAGUUGUUAGGGACAGCUAGGGAGACAGCAGCACCGGAAAACAAGUCAACCUCUGAGCUCGACGCAAGCACGCUGGAAGAGAAGUCAAAGGAAGUCGAGAAAAGUAUGACCGGGGUAAUCACGGAUGUGUCGCCAGGCUCAGAAGUUACGGACAAGUUUGCGGAGGACGAUAAGCGGGCGGCGGAUAUCGCUCGCUACAAGGUGCUUAUAGGGGCUGCGGUACGGACAAUGGACAAAAUGAACGCCCGCUUAUGGCGCUGGGGCUCCAUAAGUGGCCAGCUGCAAAACGGCACUGGGGAAGACUCGGAUGCCACUCAAAGCAAAGGGAACGGAAGCGUCAGCAAAGUGUCAACUGUUGAGGCAACUGCGAGUUCGUCAACGGAUACUGAUGUCACCAGCAGAUCUUUACACUCGGAUCAGAACUUGAUAAGAGAGGAGGAUGCUAACGCUCACAAUGCGUCAGAAGAAAAUCAUAGGAGUCUAGGAUCAACCGCUUGCUCAAACGACUGUUCCAAUCAGGGUCGGUGCAUAAGCAGGCGGUGCGUUUGCAAAGCAGGCUACGGCGGUGUUGAUUGCAGCCAGGCCAAACAGGGGGCUGCCAAAUACAGAGGGUUUUCGAGCAUAGAAGAGAAGGGGAUUGUCAAAGAACUCGAUCGAAAGUUGCAAGUAUGCUUUGUGACGAACGAGGUGGCUGGGCCGAUCACAAACGGCGGCAUUGGAACAGCGUUUACGACGAUGGCUUACAGCCUCGCCGAGCGGGGUCAUCAGGUGACCAUUCUCUUCACCAUGGGGAAGGUCUCGAUGCGCGGCACUUUCCAGGAGUGGGUUUUGCACUAUGCGAAAGCCGGGAUCGCCUUGCUAGGGCUACAGCGCCCCCCCCCCGGGACGCAUCACGUGCCGAAAGCGCUGAUCGAAUCGCACGAAGUGCUGCGGUUCCUGCGGGAGCGGAGCUUCGACGUCGUGCACUUCCCGGACUAUCAGGGCGCCGGCUACUACUCCGUCCUCGCCAAGAAACAGGGCCUUGCGCUCAAGGGCACCGCUCUAGUUGUGGGUGUGCACGGGCCGAGCUUCUGGGCGAAGAAGGCCGGUAACGGCGAACCCAUUACCGCUGUCCGCAGCUUGGAGGGCAAUUUUAUGGAGCAGCGCGCGGUGGCGCUCGCGGACUACGUGGUCGCGCCCAGUCAGUACAUACUGCAGUGGAUGGAAAGCGAGGGUUGGCAACUAGACCUGGAACGGACAUUCGUGCAACCCAAUCUGCUGCCGAAGACUGACUGGAGCCCCGACCACACCCGGGGGAAGCCGAGAAGUUCGUUGACUGUCUUCGAGCUGGUCUUCUUUGGCCGGCUCGAAACGCGCAAGGGCGCCGUCACUUUCUGCGACGCGAUCGACGAGAUUCUGGGGGGUUUUACCGAGAUCGGUGAUGGGUCUCUGGAGGUUUUGGAAUCGCCCAAAGAAGCCGAUGAAGGGGAAAGCGGAGACCGAAGUAAAGGGCAAGUCGUGGGGACGCCUUUAACAGAGAGUGCAGUUGCUAGGGUUAACAACGAGACGCAAGCAACAGCCCAUCAGCGCAUAGUCAAGGCAGAUGAAGCCCGGAGCAUUCGGAUGCAACUGAGCGGGGCGCAGCGAGCGGAAGUCCUCUCGAAACUAGAGCGGGUCACGUUUCUGGGCCGUAGCGCGAUCAUUGAGGCCGAGUGGGGGGUAGAGUACGUCCAGCGGCGGGCGCGGCGGUGGGGGGCUCUUCCCUGGAAGAUUGUGACGCGAAUGGACCCCCUGGAGGCGAAAGAAUAUUUGCGGGGGCCGGGAAGGCUGGCGGUGAUGCCGUCCAAAGUGGAGAACUCACCGUACACUGUUUAUGAGUGCGCGGAGCUGGGGAUCCCCUUCGUUGCUGCUGACGUGGGCGGCAUCAGCGACUUAAUACACCCCAGUGACCGGCCGCACGCGCUGUUCGAGCCGACAGUGCAGAGCCUGGUCGACCGCCUGUCACGCGCCCUUUUGGACGGCGUCCGGCCCGCGCGCCCGGCCGUCGACGCGGCCGCGAACGAGAACGCCUGGAUGACGUGGCACGCGCGUACCGCGGCCGCGACGCGCGCCAGGGACGACGAGCGAUGGGCGCGGUUAGAGGCAAACCUGGCCGGAAAGGACCGGCCGUUAGUCUCGGUGGUGAUGACGCACUUCAACCGGCCUGCCCUUUGCAAACAGGCGAUCGAGUCACUAGAGGCGCAGGAUUACCCGGCGGAGAGUUUCGAGGUCGUUUUAGUCGACGACGGGAGCACGCAAGAAGACGCCAUCCGGUUUCUGGACGAGAUAGAACCCGUAUUCCAGUCGCGGGGUUGGAGGGUCUAUAGGCAGGCGAACGCGUACCUAGGCGCGGCGCGGAACGCGGGCGCGCGACUUGCGAAAGGGAAGUACAUUCUGUUCAUGGACGACGACAACUGGGCGAAGCCGCAUGAGGUCAGCACGUACGUGCGGGCCAUGGAGUGGGGCGGCGCUGACGUCAUGACCAGCUUCGUCGACUUCUUCUGGUCCGCGGACGCACGGCCGCCGUCCGAAAAGGAUCGGCCGUCGUAUUUGUUCCUGGGGGGCAGCAGCGACGUGGGCGCGUUCAAGAACUGCUUCGGCGACGCCAAUUGCUUCGUGCGCAAGUCUUCCUUUUUCGAAAUUGGGGGGUACACGGAAGACUACGGGAUUGGGUACGAGGACUGGGAGAUGUAUGCAAACGCCACCCUGCGGGGGUUUCGGGCACUGCUGGCGGCGGUUUUCCCGCGGCGGGACAUCUACAAUCGGACGGGGGACGGCGUCCAAACGCCGCAAUCAGACGGAGUCGAGAGCCAUACACAGCGCGUUGUGUGA